GGGGCCGAAAAAUCCCACGUUGUGGAGACACUGUGUUUGGACCUUUGACGCUGGAGUGAGAAACAUUUUCACGAAAUAUGAAUAUGGAUGAAUUAAACGGGGAUACAGUCGUUCAGUGUCCUUACGAUAAAAGUCACAAAAUAGCGAGGUGCAGGCUUCAACGACAUUUAGUCAAAUGUGAAAAGCAAUAUCCAGAAACCUUCAGGGAAAUUUGUCCUUUCAAUGCUACUCAUCGCUUUUCCAAACUAGAAAUGCAGGAACACAUUGAGAAAUGCCCUAUGAGACGAUUCAUGCAGCCUGAACUAUAUCAAAAGUAUCGUUAUCAUGGUUCUAUUAAACCCUGGCAAUCAUCAGAAGUCGAUAGUAACGUCGAUUUGAAAGAAUAUUGGGAAGAUGAUUGUGAAUCACUUUAUAAACCUGAAGACAACUCCAUGGCUAAUAAUUCUAUUCAAGUUUCCAAAGAAGAUCAAAGAGAAUGGAGAACACAAGAACCAGGUGUCAGCUAUGCCAGAAAACAUUUUUUGGGCGCGACACAUUCGAACACCUCCGCAACUGUCCAGCAGGAGAAUGCCUGAUACUAAGAUCAUCCGGAGUACCGGAAAGCUAAAUAAGCUACCACCCCCAUCGUCACGUUAGAAGGGUGCUUAAAGAGGAGAUAGUUGAAGAACAGGAGAGAAAAGAACAAACGUAACAAAUGUUAGCAAGGGUAAAACUCCACUAUGGAAAAACCGAAGGGCGGCCGGGCGGCCGGGGCCUACGUCUGAAAAGCGUGGACAUUCCGCCCAAAAGAAAUCCCUAUCCUCCUUCUGCGCUGUCAUAGAUACCUGCCUCUGACCCUCCCACUUCUUUGGAGCCGCCUUUGAACCAGAUUUCCCCUUGAAAUCUUUUACCUUUUUUUUACAUAUCUCUGAUUAGGAUUCAGACUCGGAAAGACUUGAUAAAGUUACAGAGUUUAAACAUUUCACUUUGCCUCAAUUCUAGAAUUGGCAGUGUGCUGAUGUCACUUAGGAGCCUAGUAUUUUCAGUCCCCCAAGUCCAUAUAUUUGCCCUUGGCAGGCGGCCCAUCGCGUAAGCUGCCCCAGCAGUUAUCACACCAUGUAGGGGUUCGUCACAGCAUGAAGACUAUCACCGCUGUUGGCGUAGUACUCAUGGCUCCCACCACACCCCUAAACGGUGUCGUUUGUAAUCGUCGCAGCCUGUCCUGUAUCAUUUUAAAUUUAACCCGUCGCCACGAAAUCAUUGACCCGUAUAGGAGCCUUGUUUUAAGGACAGCUUAAUAAAUCCAUGUUUUACAUGCACGGUUUUAUAUUGUAAAGGAUGCAUUCAUUGAUUCUCCUAAGUUUUUAAUUCCAAAAAAUUAGUUAUUUUUAUAUUUAAAGCAAUGCGUUUAUUAAUAUUCUUCAGGGUUACGCAUACAUAGCAAAUUAUUUCAUUAGUCUAGAAAUACAAAAGUACAAAAUUUAAAUCAUUGGAGGAAGGUAGUUUUUAGUAAUACCAAAUUUUCACCUAAUGUACCUCAGUACUGAGACAAUAUUUGAAUCAAUCUUUCCAUAGUUCAGUGACUCUAUUUCAGCUCUGCGUAAUCUAGGGCGUAAAUUUUCGAUUUUUCUUUAAAUUUAUCAUCUGUUUUUUGUUUUGUUUUUUAUCUCUCUUUAAAAAUUUACAUUGUGUGGUUAUGGUUUAAUAGCUUGACAUCAUUUAUUCAUG